AUGAACCGUUUCAUUCUCCCUGAAAGAGACUAUUUGAUUGGGGGCCUGUUAUCAGAGAGCCCAGGAAGGGCAUCCAGGAUACUUUGGGGAACGGAAGUAUGUGAAGGGCCGCUGGAGAGCGCUUCUCGGCUUGGGUGUCUCAGCGGCUCACCAAAGACUGUGGGGGACCCGGUUGCAUCUGUGGGUGAGGGAAAAAGCGGGCCACCAGGGCCACUAGUCCGUGAGUCCGGGAUUCCCGUUCGAGGCUUUGGCAGGCCGGGCGCCGGCUGCCCUGGGCUCGGGGCUGAACCAGGAGGCAGCAGCAUGCGCAGUGCAGCCGCCGCCGCUACACCGCGGCUUUUGCUGCUGCUGCCGCGGCUACCCGGGUUGCCGCUGCUGCCGCUGCUGCUGCUGCUGCUCUGCCCUGCGCCGCUGUCACUUCCAGUUCCUACUUCUCUGAUCCAGGUCCGGGUCACUGCUUCCCCGCCGCUCGCCCAGUCCCGUCCAGGCCGCUUUCCCUCCCGGGCUCCGGCUCCGGGCAGGAAGGCGCCAGUGCGGGCAGCUGAGUGGAGUCCGAGGAGCCUCACGGUGUUUCUCCACAUCAUGUCUGAAUUUGGCCUCACACUUCUCAUUUCCACCAAGGUAUUUGAUCCUGAUGACCUUUAUUCAGGGGUCAAUUUCGCCAAGGUUUUGAGUACACUUUUAGCUGUCAGCAAAGCAACAGAAGAUCAGCUGUCAGAAAGACCAUGUGGACGUUCCUCUUCUCUUAGUGCUGCUAAUAGUUCUCAGACAAACCCACAGGGAGCAGUUUCUACCAUAGCUCCAGGGCUGCAAAGGCAGUCAAAGGCAUUGGAGAUGACGGAAAAUGGAAGUCACCAGUUGAUAGUAAAGGCAAGAUUCAACUUUAAGCAGACUAAUGAAGAUGAAUUGUCAGUUUGUAAAGGGGACAUUAUUUAUGUCACUCGAGUUGAAGAAGGAGGCUGGUGGGAAGGCACAUUAAAUGGGAGAACAGGCUGGUUCCCUAGUAAUUAUGUUCGAGAAAUUAAAUCCAGUGAGAGACCUCUCUCCCCCAAGGCUGUCAAAGGAUUUGAAAGUGCUCCACUUACCAAGAAUUAUUAUACUGUGACUAGAGGCUCUCAGGAUGGGGACUGGCUCCUCCUCGUCUCGCUCCUGCGAAUUCCUGGGAGCAGCCCUGAGAAAGCCCGCGCAGCUCGGCAGCACCUGCCCGGACCCUGGCAGACCCGCGACGGGCUCCUCUGUGACAGCCAGGAUCUGAGCAGGGCUUCCACGCUCAUCGUCCUGAGUCUUCACAGCUAUCCCAGGGGAGCAGCUGGUUACAACCCCCACCUCAAGGAAGAGCGCCUGAGGCUUGGGGGCUGCGGGCUCCCCGGCCACCUGUUGGUGCCAUGUGUACCUACCUCUGGGCGAGCAGAAGGGGACCAGAAGUCAGCCCAACUAGGAACGGCACAUCCGCGAUGA